AUGGGCGGUGAUGCUACGCAUUCACUACUCAGACCGCACUCCAAUAGAACCCCAUUGUCUUCCCACCACCACCUCCGUGACGGCGACCGCCGCGCCGGAGUCCAUCCCGGUCCCUUCCCCGUACGCGCCUCAGUUGAAGUUCGAACCCACGAGGCAGGCCUCAAGGACACCUUUUUCUCCGCUACCGUGACAUCAUCAGGCGGUAGAAAUUCGAGGAAAAUCCAAGUGGAGUACCGGAAUUUGUUGGCUGGCAGAGGUAGAUCGAAGCUGCUGAGGGAGUACGUCGACGUCUCAUGCGUGAGGCCGCCGCCGCCAUUGGAGGAGGUCGUCGGGGGUUUCGGGCCGGGCGACGCCGUCGACGCUCUGUACCAGGACGGCUGGUGGAUUGGUACCGUAACUCGAGUUGUGGAGGAAGGCGCGGAGAACAGGUACGUCGUGACGUUUCCAAACCCGCCUGACGAACGGGAGUUCGGGUUGUCUGAACUUAGGGUUCACUGGGAUUGGGUUAAUGGGAGUUGGGUCCGACCCGCCAGGCAGAGUAUUGCAGGGUUGAUGUUUGACUUGAAAAAAGAGGUCGAAGUGUCGUUUGACCGAGAAGAUGGUCAGGAUGCUUGGUUCCGAGCAAUAAUUCACCAACAUUUGGGCAAUGGAAUGUAUCUGGUAAACAUUGAAAAUCAAGAUCCCAAGACUCAGUCUCAUCAAAUAAAAGUCGAUUCCCUCCAUCUUAGGCCGCGACCUCCGCUCCUCAAGGAUAAGAAUUUUGUUUUAUUGGGAAAAGUUGACGCAUACUUUGAUUGUGGUUGGUGGAGUGGACUUAUUCGGAGAGAGCUUGAGAAUAGUAGAUACCUUGUCUCCUUUAAACAAUUGAAUAUGGAAAAGGAUUUCCAUCUUUCAGAAUUAAGAUCUCAUAUGGAGUGGAAGGAUGGCAAAUGGUUCACUUCUCCCCAGGAUGUAAUGAUCCCGCCUUUAGAUGGUGGAAUGGAUGAACACCACACAUCUGAAAGUUCCAAUGCCUCUGUGCUAACUUUUCAAGUGAACAAUUUUGGUGAUAGAGAAAACACGUUACGUAAAAAGGUUCCCUCUAUGUUGACAUCGGGAAUUGAUCAAGUGGAGCAGUUAACACCUGAUAUCCAGAAAGGACCUCAUAUGACACCUCUGACAAAAAGAAGAAGGCGUUCGUCUGAUUCACAAAAUGCUCUCUCUCAAUGCCAGAAGAAGCUUAAAGAAGGACUUGUACCUGUAGAGAAACAACAGGAGAAACAUGAUAGGAUGUCUGAAAAAUUGUUGAGCAAUUCUGUUAGCCCAGCAUUGGUGAAUAAUGUAGAAACCCCUACAAAACAAAGUGUCACAGGGAAUCUCUCAUCUGAUAGUCCUUCCUGGGGAAUGAGAACUCGGAGAGGGCAAAUUGUUGCGCACCAGAUGAAUUCCACACCACCACGUGAUAUGAAAAAUAGCACUGCGCAGACCAGUGAGGUUGAAAAUAUGCAGCCUGGUGUCGGGGGAAAGAAGCCAGAUGUAGUGGAUAAGACUGCAGCUCAUCAAAAUGAGCUUGUUAUUGUUAUAGGUUUGCCAUGUGUGGAAAUGGUAAUCUCUGGUCUUGGAAAGUCGAGUGGUGGGAGGAGCUGCAGUGCUAACAGCAAGGGAACUAUGAAUAACAAAGAGAAACGAAAUUUACGUGAUUCCACUAAGAAAAUUGAGGUAACUGACAAUGAUGACGAGAGGGAUAUUCUUUGCAUAGUACUUUGCCCACCAGACCAUUCUCAGUGUCGGAUAAUCAUCCUUUCCUUUUUUGGCAUUGUAGAUUCACUUAAUGCAUCCAGAGGGAAAUCAGCCGAAGUUAACUCAACACUAAAAGAAAAUAAUGCCGAUUCUGAAGCACCCAGCAUCGAGCUUGACGACCAACCACUUUCAAUGUGGAUUGGAGGGAGGAGGAUGCAAUCUCCAUCUGCAGUCAAUAGAUCAAAGCUUUCUGCUGUGAUUGCUAUCGAGCAAUCCAUAGAAAAUGGAGAAAAACAGGGAGAAGAAGUUGCAGCAGUGAUGAUCGAGGAGGAGCCCACAGAAGAAGAUCCCCAAGAAACCCAAAUCCAAAUUUCAACCGAGCACCAAAACCUUCCUUUUGCAAAGACCAGUUUGCUCUGGAAAACGAUCGAGUCACUCGAUGCUUUCCGUAUUCUACCACAAAGCCCACAUUUCCAGCCUUUGCAAAACGUCAAGGAGAGCACGCGAGAGGGCCUGGCCAUAGCUCACAUGGUAAACUUCUCCAGCGUGUUUGAAACCACUUGCAACCUGCGGUUCGACAGUCCCAAAAGCUCCAUGGACGAUAUCUUGGAGAUACUUGCUGAGCUGGAGCUGCACGGUUUCGAUGUCGUGACUCUGCAUGCUCGCGUGGCUCAACUUAUCUCUGUUAAGGAUAAAGAGGCGAAGCUCGCAGGCAAGGUGGGGGAGCUCGACCGUGAGAUCUUGGGCCACCAGGUUGAGAAAACCGAGAUAGAGAAAGAGAUUGAGAAGCUGAACGAGCAAGUACGAAAGCUGCAGGGGAAGCUCUCGAAGGUGGAGUUGGCUAAAGAGAGGAAGGAGAAGGAGAUAGCAUCUGUUGGGGCUCGACUGCAGGAAACUAAGCAGAGUAUUGAGAAUCUGAGGGUGGAGUUUGACGAUAUAGCUGCUGCUGCUAUGUUGAUUUAG